AUGGUGUCGCUUCAGUACGGCCGACCAGCAUUGGUUCGAGCAGCUCUAUGGCGUCGGCCCGAUCUCGUUCGCGAGCUACUCCACGAGGGAGCUGAUCCUACAGAGUCCACCAGCGGUGGGGAAACAGCACUGUUCUCUGCUGUUAGAGGAGGCCAUUUGUACAAGGCUGAAUUCCUCCUUGAUAACGGAGCUGCAGUCGACAAGGAAGUUUGGGGGAGGACGGCACUCCACGAAGCAGUUCGAGUGGGCGCAGUAGACCUCAUGAGACUAUUGCUGAAGCAUGGCGCCAAUCCCAAUUUGAUAGCGAAAAAUGGUCAAACCGCCCUCCAUUUUGCCGCGGUGAACGGGCAUCCGGGUGCAGUAGAGCUUCUGGUAGAAGAGGGCGUUAAUCUUAACGCCGAGGACACCUUGGGCUGGUCAGCUCUACACUGGGCCGCGUACAAGGGCCACAGUAACAUCGUGGAUUUGCUGCUGGAACAUGGAGCUAACACAACUAAGCUCACAACGAGGGAGGGCGCCAGUCCUCUAAUAUGUGCGGUCGCUCGGCAGGACUGUGAUUCUACUGCUCGACUUGAAAUUAUCCGUGCACUACUGGAACAUGGAGCGCAACCGAACGGACAGGACGGGGAUGGCGAGACUCCCCUUCAUUUUGCCGUGAGCUUCCUUGAAUACGACGUUGCACAAGUGUUGUUGGAGAAUGGUGCUGAUCCAACCAUCAGGACUCAUUACUCGAUCACUGUUGGCGAUAACAAUUUUGCAGCUGGGAGCACGCCUCUGCACUAUGCUCAUCAGCUUGGCGCUGAGAAUCUCAUCAGGCUGAUUGCUUCGUAUGCUGGAAGUUCCGAUAACAGUGAUUGGCAGUUCUCUUAUAGAACAAACCUAUGUAAUGUUAAUAUGAUGCGAGAUAGUAACGGUCAUACGCCUGUGCAACUACACCCACGAUGGCCUUGCUAUAUGAUUUAA